AUGGAGCAUGCAACAGCAGCAGCAAAUGGAUCAGGAGGCGGCUUCCAUGGCUACCGCAGCAGCUCUAACAGGCCCCCCACCACUCCACCUUCUUCAGGAGUAGUGAAGCUGCUGGCGGAGAUCAACAACAACCACCACCACUACACCAACAACAACAACUCCUCCUCGGCCGUUGAUGUGACGGAGGAGUGCACAGUGAGGGAGCAGGACAGGUUCAUGCCGAUCGCCAACGUGAUCCGGAUCAUGCGGAAGAUCCUCCCCCAGCACGCCAAGAUCUCCGACGACGCCAAGGAGACGAUCCAGGAGUGCGUGUCGGAGUACAUCAGCUUUGUCACCAGUGAGGCCAACGAGCGGUGCCAGAGGGAGCAGCGCAAGACCAUCACUGCCGAGGACGUCCUCUUCGCCAUGAGCAAGCUGGGGUUCGACGACUACAUCGAGCCCCUCACAGUCUACCUCCACCGCUACCGCGAGCUCGAGGGCGACCGUGCUGGGGCCACCUCUGCAGCAGCCUCUUCCGCCCUCGGCCUGAAGAGGAGCAGCAGCAAUGGGAGUGGAUCAGGUGGUUUCAUGGUGGAGUAUCUUGGGGGAUCAUCAGGGUUUGGAACUGCAUCGUUCCAUUCCCACCACCACCAUCACCACGCACACUCUCGUCACCCUGCUGGCAACGGGUUUUACGGUGGAGCCAAUGUGGCAAGCACGUCAUCCCAGUCAUCGUCUCCGCGUGCCAAUGGCAAUGGUUCUGUGAGCAAUGGGGAACAUCGCCAUCCGAUUUUCAGUCACCGUGAUAAGAAAUGA